AUGGCUACCCAGCUUCGGCUCCGCUCUGCCAAAAUAUUGGUGAUUAAUCUUGGUGCUGCUGGCACCGAAGUCGUGAAAAAUCUUGUGCUUGGAGGUAUCAAUUCUCUUGAAAUUUUGGAUGAUUCUAGUGUUGUGGAAGAUGACUUUCUGAGCCAGUUCUUUCUACCUAACGAGAAUGUUGUUGGGAAACUAAAGCUUCCUUUAGUCAUAGAUCGGAUCAAAGACUUGAACAAUAGAGUUAAUCUCUCGAUUAAUACCCAUAACAUAUCGGAAAGUAUACUCUCAGAGGGCUAUUUGAGUAAGUUUGACCUUGUAAUUGCUACAGAAUUAAAAAAAGACGAAAUGAUUCAGUUGAACGAAGUGACAAGAAAAUUGAAUAUUCCAUUGUAUGUUUCCGGUGUCCAUGGAAUGUUGGGUUAUAUUUUCACCGAUCUUAUCAAACAUGAGUCUACGUCCGAAAAGGACCUUGGAAACCAGCCUCGGGAGACAGGGACAAAGUUGAGCCCAUCCAAGACCAUAACUAAGGUUGAACUCAACCUGACAAAAGACAAAGAAUUGGUUACUGUCAGCGAUGAGUUUGUAGAGUUGCAACAUUUCUUCGUUUCCAAGAACCUUCCCACGCAAUUGAACCGACGCCAGAUGAAGCGACUUUCAGCUGCAUUUCCACUAAUCUUUUCACUUUUUGAAUGCAAAAAGGAACAGCUUGAAAAUAUGAAAACUGAAGAAAUAGUAGCGCUCCUCCGUGAUACCUCCAACAGAAUUUGUGAUUUAUUUGGGAUACCACAGACAGUGGUCACAGACCUGAGUAUAGAAGCGGUUCUGCAACAAGCUUAUACGGAAUUUACUCCAUCGGCAGCUAUUCUCGGUGGAGCUCUUGCACAGGAUGUGAUUCAAUUCUUGAGUGGAAAAGAGAGCCCCAUUAAUAAUUGUCUUAUUCUUGAUGCAUUCAGGUCCGAAAUAUCUAUAUAUGUAUUAUAG